AUGACCCAUGCAGCAAACCCAUGGCAAAGGAUGUCGUGCAAAAUGGAAGAGUCCAAAAAAUCCUUGAUGCAUUGGCAACGAGAAGAGGUGGAGAAACCGAACUGGGCUUUUGUUGAGCAAUGUAAAAAGCUGGCUGUUUUACAAGGGGCAGAAAUUGCACCGGAUGUGGAGAAAGCCAUAGAACUCCAAAAAGAUUUAAAAAUCUUGAUGGAGCAAGAGGAUUUAAAAUGGAGGCAGCGGGCAAAAACGGAUUGGCUUAAAUUUGGCGACCAAAACUCAAAGUUUUUUCACGCAUGUGCAAGCCAACGACGGAAGGAGACGCUGUACAUUAUGAUGUGUGCUUGGGUGGUUUGGAAGGACGAAAAACGAUUCCCUUGUGAGGCCUUUUACCAAGGAAGAAAUUCGGACUGCUCUAUUUCAAAUGGCUCCUCUAAAAGCCCUUGGACCUAUGGUUUCAAUGCUGGCUUCUUCCAAAAACACUGGGACAUUGUGGGACCUGAGAGUGCUUUUAUCAUAGGGAGGUUGAUCUCUAAUAAUAUUUUGGCUGCCUAUGAAACCCUUUAUACGAUGCACAUGCGGAUGAGGGGUAAGAAAGGCUAUAUGGCGGUCAAAAUUGAUAUGAGUAAAGCCUAUGACAGGAUGGAAUGGGGGUUUUUGGAGGCAGUAAUGGGAAGAAUGGAUUUUGCUCUGAGGUGGAUUCAACUUGCCAUGAUGUGUGUUACCUCAGCGCACUGUGCAGUUUUGGUGAAUGGGAUACCGAUGGGAAGGAUUAUCCCUACUUGGGGUAUUCGACAAGGCGACCCUAUUUCUCCAUAUUUAUUCUUGAUUUGUGUGGAAGCUUUGAGCUCUUCACUAUUGGCAGUGGAUAGAGAGAGUGUGUUAGAGGGAGUACCUACAUCCAGGAGGGGUCCUUGA